AGGGGUGGGGGCACAGAUAGAGAGAUUUAUUUCCACAGCUGACAGGGAAGCUCCCGCCCCGCACUCGUUUUUGGAGGUGAGAGAGGGACUAAGAGAGGAAAGAAGUUAAAAACUCAGAGAAAGUGGACAAAUAAAACAGACAAUAUGGAUACCUUGGCUUUAGAGGCCACACAGCCCAAAAAGCCUCAGAACGGAGCCGUGGCACCAGUGCCCGGACCCCCCACCCCUGCCAAACGCAAACCCGCUAAAAAGACUAAGAAAGCUGUGGUCUUUUUCGAGGUGGAGAUUCUGGACGCCAAGACGAAGGACAAGCUCUGCUUCCUGGACAAGGUUGAGCCCAAUGCCACUAUUGGGGAAAUCAAGUCUAUGUUCCACAAGAGUCACCCUCAGUGGUAUCCGGCCCGGCAAUCCAUUCGUUUGGAUCCCAAGGGGAAAUCUUUGAAGGACGAGGACGUGCUGCAGCACCUGCCUGUGGGAACCACAGCAACCUUCUACUUCAGAGACCUGGGGGCCCAAAUCAGCUGGGUCACGGUGUUUCUGACGGAGUACGCCGGCCCGCUGCUCAUCUACCUGAUGUUUUACUUCCGAGUCCCGUUCAUUUAUGCACCUAAAUAUGACUUUACCACCAGCAAACACUGGGUCGUGCAUUUGGCAUGUAUGUGUCACUCCUUCCACUACGUGAAGAGACUCCUGGAAACACUGUUCGUGCAUCGGUUCUCGCACGGGACUAUGCCUCUCCGCAACAUUUUCAAGAACUGCACGUACUACUGGGGAUUUGCAGCUUGGAUGGCUUAUUACAUCAACCACCCGCUCUACACGCCACCCAUCUAUGGAGAACAGCAGAUCAGACUGGCCCUCAUCGUGUUCCUGUUCUGUCAGAUCGGAAACUUCUCCAUCCACAUUGCACUGAGAAAUCUUCGACCACCAGGAUCCAAGACCAGAAAGAUCCCAUAUCCAACUAAAAACCCCUUUACUUGGAUCUUCCUGCUGGUCUCCUGCCCCAACUACACGUAUGAGCUGGGCUCGUGGCUGGGCUUCACUCUGAUGACCCAGUGUCUGCCCGUGGCUUUCUUCACGCUGGUGGGCUUCAUUCAGAUGACCGUGUGGGCGAAAGGAAAACACCGCAGCUACUUGAAGGAGUUCCGCGACUAUCCCACGCUCCGCUCCCCCAUCCUGCCCUUCAUCCUGUAGUACAGAGUCACGUAGUAUUCCCCUCGUCUUUUUAACCUUUUCCUCUUCUCUCGCCCUCCCCUUAUCAUCUCUUUUAUACUGUGUCCAUGCCCCGCCUCCGUUUCACAUGCAUCUUUCCUGCAUUUGCUCAUCUCCUGGAACGGACUGACUCUGAAUAAUAAAGUCAGCUCAGAUACAAAACCCCCAGAAGUUUCGUUCUAAUGGCUCCAUAUCGCCCUCUGUGGGUUGAUGAUGUCUAUCAUCUGGGGAAAUCUCAUGAAAACGGUCAAGAGCAUGUCUGGAUCAUAAUCCAGUCAUUCAAAAGAAAGAAAUGAGAACUUUUGCACAAAGAAAAUUGAGCACAUUUUAGGACCAUGAAGAUUUUUUGACGUUAUUUUCAUGAUUAAACUCCCUCAAUUUUCAUUGGCUGCUGUGAUGUGAAAAAACAAAAACAAAUAGUAUACAACGUGAACAUGUUGCUUGUUGUUCUGGAUUGAUGAUUGUAAUAAAAUCAUUGUGUCUGGACAAUGCAAUUUUUUUUUUUUUUUUUUUUGGCAUUACAUUAAUGAAAAUUUUAAGGGAAAUUGAAAUGUCAAUACCAAUCCUUUAAUAGUCAUCUACUUGUAGCAAAAUAAUUUCCCCCAGACAUGGAUGUUUCUUCAUUAGAUUCCCCCAUCUUGUCACGUAACAUCUUGAAGAGGUAGUUCCCCUAAAAAUGAAAAUCAAUUUUUCGUCAUUUACUCACCCUCAAGUUGUUACAAACAAAAGAAUAUUGGCAACCAAAUAGUUACUGGUAGCCAUUGACUUCCAUUGAAUGUUUUUCCAUAAAAGUCAAUGGCUACCAGCAACUGUUACCAACAUUCUUCUAAAUAUCUUCUAUGUUCAACAGAAGAAAGAAACUCAAGGAAUUUUAGAAAAACUUGAGGGUGGGUAAAUUUUAAUUUUUGGAUGAACUAUCCCUUUAACAAGCUUUGAGGGGAACUGGUCCUACAUAUAUUACAGUAUUUCCUCCUCUGUAUCUUGUUUGUGCUCAGCUGCUGGGAAUUAUUCUGUAUUUUGAGUGCACUACAUAUACUGAGAUCUCUGAUAUGCACUGACAAAGCGAUGGCUGUGACUUCAGUAAAGAUGUUUUGUUCUGCUUGUCACUCAAUAACCAAAACACUAACAAGAGGACCUGAAGGAACCGGUCGAAGACCAGCGACUGUAUUCAGCACUGCAGAGACAAGUGUCCUGUGUGCGAUUCUUACAUGUGAAGCUAAAGGCAACUUGGCGCAGACUGCAGAUGUUAGAUCUGUUUUGUUAACCUAACAAUUUAUAUAAAAUAAAAAACACUGUCAUUG